GGUACUCAUAGCCUAACUAUACGACUUAAUCAUUGAAAUGUUAAAGUGUCGCUUGUCUCAUAAUUUAGUGAAUUGCCGAAGUCAACAUGACAGAACGCACGGUACAUCACCAACGUCGACCACCUGACGUUGAAGAGGCGCUAUCAUCUAUGCUGUGGACACCGUAUGAGCGCACACCAACUGAUAGCUCCUCCGAAGAUGAUGAUGUUCGACUGAACUCAAAACUAAGUAAAUCCCAAAGUAAUUACGAUUAUCACAGCAUGUCUGCGCUCGUGCCACUCUCAAAUUCGUAUUUUGAUACGAACGAUUUAUUGUUGCAACCCGCAACAUCUGCUACUGCCCCUGCACUGUCGCCAAGUACAGCUGCACUACGACCUACACCCUUUGUGCCUUUUUCCAGUUUAAUUUUUGAUAAUCCUGCCAUCGGUAAUAGCUGUAAUAAUUCAUUAACCAACACAAUAACAACUUCAAAUCAUUUUCAAAAAAAUAAUUUAUCAGCGAGCAAUUAUCGAAUUUCUUAUCCUUAUUAUGGCCCGAUUCCCAGUUUAAACAAAUUUUGGUCGUCUGCAUCUACAAUUAAGGAACCACCCUCAUAUGAGUCUUUGUACUCAAGGAGUACAACGCACACUGCUGAUUCCUUGAAACCUGUUCUAAACAGUCUGAAAUCUACAGUUACUACAGUGUCAGAAAGUCAAAGACAACAACUCGUAUGUGAUAAAGCGGAACGCUCACAAAGUGAAAGGGUAGCUCCCUCACGUUUAGUUCACUCAUUUACGGAUAAUUUUAUAUCAGAGAACUCUGUUGCUCAAAGUCAAUUCUCCGAUCUGAGCUAUACUUCCACAAAUGUUGAUAUUCAGUCUAAUAAAUUUGCUGGUUUGGCGAACAGAAAUGCAAUCGCCACAGUUUUCUGUGAUGUUACCAAAGAACAGUCUAACAACCUCUCUGAGAAUCUAGCGGAAAAUAUGAAUGAAACGAAUAUCAGAUCACAACAAAACAAAGAAAACAAUAACUGCAUUAUGAAUGCAAUUUACUGCAGCAACAAUAACAAUACAAUCGGCAACAACAACAACAGCAACAGCAAUAGCAAUGACAAAAACAACCACCUAAUUCAACAUCAACAAAAACAUUUUGCAAACAAUCAACAAAAUGAGGAAGCACGAGAUACAAUAAACCAGGUCAAUCAACCUGUUUCCUCUACAGCUCCGCUCAUCGCACGCACAAAGAGUUCGCACAAAGAGCGAAAAAUACACUCAACAACGCAAACUACAAACUCGAGCUGCGCUCUUUUCACCAACGACAAUGCGACAAGCUACAGCGACAACCGACUCUUGUGUUUUCCCAGCGUGGAGGUUCAUGUCGACGGGCACAACUCAACAACGAUCAGUUUGUCGAGUUCAUUCAAUGGGAGUGUGUGUUCCACGUCGUCUUGCUCGAGCAGAGAAUCGUAUUCGAACUGUGAAAACUCAAACGUGUUUGGUUACAGUGCGCCAAUAGCCACAAACAGGUCUUUCGAUUCGGGCAUUGUGCUACAUCCAAACAAAUGUUUGGCUGAAUUAGAACGCUUAUACGCCGAGUUUCGCGCUAGUGAAAGUGUGAUAGAACGAAAAAUUAACGAAUUGAGUUUAAGUGAAGAAAAAGACAAGAUGCGCUUGAAUAUACCAGCAACGGUUGCUGUGGCUGAGGGCAAGCAGACAGCAACAACGAGUAGCGUCUUUCUGACAGACACCAAUAGUGUCACAACAAACAAUGGCAAUUGCAAUAGCAAUAGCAAUAGCUUGAGUGCCAACAACAACAACAACAACAACAACAACAACAACAGUUGCAGCAAUGUGGCCAUAACAACAACAAAUCCAUGCCAGCGACAAUCUAGCCUAACAAUACAAGUCAAUAAUAAUCUCAGCAGUAAUCACAAAACUGUGGAAAACUUGAGCGCAACAUCUGUGCAGGAUCGUAACUUCGAUCAUUUGAUUAAUCAAUCCAUUUUGAAUAAUAAUGGGAUUAGCGUUGUUAACUGCAAUUAUACACAAAAUACAAUUGCCAGUAAUAACAACAGUAACAACAACAACAACAACAAUAACAAUAAUAAUAACAAUUUCGAAAGUGUUGGCCAUAGCGGUGUGAAUGUCGGUAUCGGUGUCGGAAUCGGAAUCGGUCGCGGGAAUAGCGUUGCAAUCAUAUCAAAUCCAGCAACGAAUGUGAAUGUAAAUAGUUGUAGCAAUAGUGUUAGCAAUGAUGUUAGUAAUAGUAAUAGCAACAAUUGCAGUUCAGUGCCUAGCAAUGUGUUUUUGAGUAAUGUGCAAAGUGGAAGUGAUUAUCUCAAUAAUAAUAAUAAUAAUAAUAAUAAUAAUAAUAAUGUUAUUGUUAAUAAUAAUAUUAAUAAAAAUCAAAAUAAUAUAAAUAAAAAUGCUACCGUAGCAAAAGAUAGUGUUAAUAUUAUAAAUAUCAAUAAUCCAGUUGAAGCACAAACAGCAGUUGCAGCAGCAAUAGCUACUUCAGUUACUUCAAAUGCUUCAACUACUCAAUCGCCCACAAUAUCUACAAGGUUGCCAUCAACACCAUCUUCACCAUCGCGUACUUUCACUUCGACAGAGUGUCAAACGGAUGAUAUAUCCUCAGUGCAAUUACGUGCAACAGAACGUGCAACCACCCAGCCCACAACUACCAGUCGUGAGCAGCGUCGACGUGAACGUCGCGAACGACGCCAUCAGCAGCAACAGUUGCAACAAACAAAUGUUGCCAUGCCAAUUGUUCAUCGUCGCCAUAAUGAACGGCAUUCAAUGCCGGCUCCGCCAGUACCACACCUGCACCCGCCGCAUAUGCAUCAUGCUGUACCACCAACAGCUACUAUGCCAGCUGCAAUGACAGCAAUGUUGCGACCAAUGUUGCCUGACAUUUUGCAUAGUCACUUUCCGCCACCUUAUAGUGCAUUACCAUUGGGUGCAGGUGCUAGCGGAGGUCACAAUAAUGGACCAAAUCAAACUCCGCUACCGCAAUUGGUUGGUCCUCCACCACCACAACUAAUUGCUGGACCACCAAAUGCACCACCUGCUGGCACCACUAUUUUGACACCCGUGAUAUCAACUGUUCCUAUACCGGGCGCUACACCUAUUGUGGGCGAUGGACGAUUUACGCUACCAUUGCCGAUCAUUAGAAGAAGGGUAAAGCAGUAG